AUGGCUCAGUUACUUGCUCGCCAUAUCGCUAUGGCUCACCUAAAAGAAACAGAACAUAUGUUUUUUCACGGGUUUGAGAAUUACAUGAAAUAUGCCUUCCCGGAGGAUGAACUACGGCCGGUGUCCUGUCAGCCGUUGACACGGGAUCGGAAGAAUCCAGCACAUAUAGAGCUCAAUGAUGUCCUAGGGAAUUACUCUUUGACGCUUGUCGACAGCUUAUCCACGCUUGCGAUCCUAUCAUAUCCAAACUCGACCAAUCCAAAUGGCCGGAAGGCGUGGAGAUAUUUUCAAAAUGGAGUGAGGGAUCUAGUGGAAUUGUAUGGAGACGGAUCGGAUGGUCCCAGCGGGAUUGGGUCUCGAAGCAAAGGGUUCGAGGUAGAUAGCAAGGUCCAGGUGUUUGAAAGUGUGAUUCGGGGCCUGGGUGGACUCCUUAGUGCCCAUCUCUUUGCUGUGGGUGACCUCCCGAUACGUGGUUAUGAACCUCCCCCGGAGGAGACGGAGUUUGCAAAACUUUGGAAUAAACCUCCGGGCAGCGAGGGUGGGAUUGAAUGGGAGAAUGGGUUCGUAUAUGAUGGACAGUUGCUUAGACUUGCUAUGGAUCUAGGAACACGUCUCCUGCCUGCCUUCUAUACUCCAACGGGGAUUCCGUAUCCUCGUGUCAACUUACGCAAUGGGGUUCCUUUUCACCCCAAUUCUCCGUUAAACUCUAGGAUAUGGGAUGCAUAUGACAUUAAUGAAAAUUAUGAUGAAGAUACCCCUGUUGAAAUUACAGAAAACUGCAGCGCUGGCGCUGGAAGCCUGGUUUUGGAAUUUACUGUGCUCAGUCGAUUGACAGGGGACGGUAGAUACGAAGAAUUUGCUAAGAGGGCGUUCUGGAGUGUAUGGGAUAGAAGAAGCGAGCUCGGGCUUAUUGGAGCAGGAAUUAAUGCUGAGACUGGAGAAUGGACUCAGACUUAUACAGGGAUCGGCGCAGGUAUGGACAGUUUUUUCGAAUAUGCAUUGAAAUCCCAUAUCUUGUUGUCAGAAGGCUACCCCCCGGAGUUCAAUGCUACUGGACCGUUCCAUGAAUACGAUAACUACUUCCUGCCACUGCCAUAUCAGGCCCAUUCACCAGAUAGCUUUCUCAAAGUCUGGGAGGAAUCGUUUGAAGCGAUAAAAAACAACUUAUAUCGAGGGUCAAGCUACCAAUAUCCUCACUACAUUCAAGGUGACAUCGCUACUGGAGCAACCCGCGCACUUUGGAUGGAUAGCUUAAGUGCAUACUUCCCCGGUCUUCUCACUUUAGCGGGCAACGUUGAAGCGGCUGCUGAGAGCCACCUUCUUAACACUGCUCUCUGGACCCGUUUCUCAGCCCUUCCGGAACGCUGGAAUGUUGCAACAGGAGACAUCGAGGGUGGGCUUGAAUGGUGGGGUGGCCGCCCUGAGUUCAUCGAAUCCACGUAUUAUCUAUAUAGGGCAACCGAAGAUCCCUGGUAUCUUUAUGUUGGCGAGAUGGUUCUACGCGAUAUCAAAAGGAGAUGCUGGACGAAAUGCGGCUGGGCAGGCCUUCAGAAUGUGAGGAGAGGAGAUCAAAGUGACAGAAUGGAAAGCUUCUUCCUUGGAGAAACCUCCAAAUACUUAUAUCUCCUAUUCGAACCCUACCAUCCUUUGAACAAGAUCGACUCGCCAUAUGUCUACAGUACGGAGGGCCACCCACUUGUACUCCCAGCAAUGGCGAAACAGACUACUCCGCCCCGUCUACAGCAGGAACCAAAGGAACAUAGGAAUACCUCAGUAGGGACAUGUGGGCCGCCAGCAGUGCGAAAUCCCUUUGGUGUAUCCUCCACCGCUGCUCGGCCAGAUAUAUUCCAUGCAGCAAGCCUUGCACGUCUUCGUCUGACGCCUCCAAGGAAGCAGCCUGAAUCUCCUAUAGUUGAGUUUUCGGUUGAUGGCCCUAGUGUUACCCUGUCUGAUCUGGCUUCUCCGUCGAACUAUACUUAUUUCCCUUGGACUCUUCCUCCCUCACUAGUACCUCGAGAUGCUGUCAGUUCACCGAUGGCUGUGCGGCCGACUUUAGAUCUGACCUUUCCUCCUCUCUCCAGUACAGUUCAAGGACCCCCAAGCCUGGAACGCGUUGAAGGCGGGAUUCUAAUCAAGUCCUUUGGAGGCCUACGGCUGGGUAUGAUUCAGGAUGCUCCACUAUAUUCAGGCAAUAGUAUUUCCUCCAAGGAAGGAUUCCGUAUACAAGUUGUCAGCAAUAUACCCCUGGGCAAGAAUGAGAAAGUCUUCGUUUCGCGCGAAACCGCAAGUGCCUUGAGUCCAACCGAUCCGAACUUUACACAAACCCCUGAUACUAUCAUGAUGGACGUAAUCAUUGAUGUUAAACCGGACAUUGUCUACCGAAACAAUUCUUCCUCAUCUGCCGCUUCCCUUACUGACCAAGGCACAGUUAUCAGCGGCGGCCCGGUACUUGACGCUUCUACGGCCAAAGCCAAUGACCACGCAGAGAAACCUGAGAGCCAUAAAUCGGCUCUCUCUUCGCUUCUCAGCCACGUAACGGCUCUGAUACGUGACGAGCUUCAGCAUCUCCCGUCAGUAACACCUCCGAUAUUCCGCCGCCCAAUAGCCCGGUUCUCAAUACCAGCCAUUUCGUCCACUGGGAUAGGCUCAGCUCCAUUACCGGAAGAGGAAGAUGCAACAUUCACGCCUCCGUCACCCGGCUCCAAACACGCAACAACCCGCCUAACUUGGUCUAGUAUAUACCUAGCGGGCCACCUGUGUGAUAAACGCCUUCCGCCCUCUAUUCCCCGAACUCACCAGAUAAUAAUAGUGAAGCGAGGAGGCUGCACGUUUUCCGACAAGCUGAGGAACAUACCUUCCUUCCGCCCUACUCGUUCCUCGCUGCAACUUGUUGUUGUCGUCUCAUACCCACAGCCUGGAGACAAGCGGCGUCAGUCUACAGCAGACGACGAGUCAUCUCUGAUUCGACCCUUGCUCGAUGAAAUGCAGACCGUGGUUGGGGGCUUCCCUCGACCUCGUCCGAUAAGCAUGGUGAUGGUCGGAGGCGGAGACAAGACGUACGAAUAUUUCAGCCAUGCGUUGGGAGUAGGGAUCAGACGGAGAUAUGAGAUCCAAUCGCAAGGCAUACCAAUCAGCAAUCUAAUUGUUAUAUAG